GCAUCUCGUUUUCACAUUUAGCCGCAUAACGAAAGGAAUCAAAUCUCUACGUGUUUACAAUUUCAGCUCACAAGUGCUACGUUUUAGGUCUUGCAAUAUUGAUAUUUAUUUCUAAAUUUGUGUUUUAAAUUGGCUUAUAAGUUAUUGUAAUGGAUUUUGUGUGUUUUUCUGAAGAUUCCUUCGAUGCUGUCAAUUGGAUAAAUACCAUUUUCGAACCAAACAAAAAUGAGAAUUCUAAAGAUAAAGUUUUCACAACAUGUGUAUCAAGAUUGCAGAUCUACGUUGAACAGGUUAACUUUGCACUUGAAAAAUCAAGCUUACAAGUUACCGGUUUAAUUCCACACGUUAUUAAAGAGGUGAAUUGGCUUCAAACAGAAUUAGAGCUAUUGACUAGUAAAAUGAGUCAACUACAAUCGGAAAUUGGGCAAAUUCAAAGUUCUACCGGAUCUUUCAUGUCGUCCUUGGAGCGCAGUGAAAAGAUUUUAAGGAGGAUUCAAUCUAUAAAAUCGGCCAUGCAAGAGUCUGAUGGUUGGAGUACACUGGCGAACGAACUGGACGAUUUGCUCGAACGAAAAGAUAUCGAUGCUAUUGAAGAAAAGUUCAUUGCAUUGCAAAAUUCGUUCAAAGCUCAACAAGAUUUCCCUGGGCAAACCGAUCGGGAGCUGCAGAUAGAAUACUUUGCAAACCGUAUCGAGUCGCUUAUUAGUCCAAUGAUUAUACAAUGCUUUCAGACUGGAGGCGUUGAGCCAUGUUUGAAAUAUGUCGGUAUGUUUCGGAUCAUUCAACGUGCCAAUCAUCUGGAGCAGUGCUACAGAACUGUUCACAAGAAAACGGUUUCGGAUAGCUGGGCAAGGCUAGUCGAAAAUUGCGACUCAAUCGAAGUUUUAUCUGAAUUUUAUAAUAAUUUACACGAGUUUCUACAAGGCCAAAUAAAAUGGUGUAAGAAAGUUACAAUUGACCCUAUAGAACCAUUUCAUGUCAUGAUUGAGGCUUUGUUACAAAUUCAGCCCAAUCGAGGAGAUUUUGUAAGAAAACAUCUAGAAAUUUCAAGUUCGAAAAUAGAAACUUUGUCAAAUAUUGCCACCAUAGACAAUAGUUUCUCAGUCUCACUGAAAAAAACUACUGAACAUUACAACAUUGUUGAUGGUUUACAAGAACGAAUACAAAAUGCCAUCUUCAGUUAUUUUGAGCAAUUUAUAUCGAAUUAUUUCGAGCUAGAACGUUCUUUUGGAACUGAACUUUUGCAAUCUUAUUCUAUAAAAGAUGGAAAUAUAACGGAAAUUGUGAGAACCUUAAAUAACACUAACGACAAAAUUUCCAAAUGGAUUAGUAACGUAUUCCAUCGCUCUAUGGUCAUCUCAAGGAAUCGCACUUCGAUUUAUUUGAUCGCCUUAUUCAAGAAGUUUUUCGUCAAAUAUAUCGAGUAUUUUGCCAGCUUGCAAAAACAAUUACUUUACUACAAUGCAGAGAAUACCGACUGGAGUUUGAUUCAAUUGAACGUAAAUACUUUGCAAUACCUGAGUGAUUUCUACCAAAUAAUGCAAGAUUGCGAGUCCAAAAUAUCAAACAUUACAAAUUCAUCUACUGACAAAAACGCAAACGCCGAUAUAAGUGAAACACUAUGGACAGAUGAGCAACUGAAAAAUAAUGGCGAUUUGUAUUUUCCCGACGAAUACAAGGCUUUGCGUAAAACUUCUUGGAGAAUUCACAAUAAUGUAAUCAAGCUGAUUUUGCAUACCAUAGAGAAAAGAAUGAACGAAAUGACGUUCCAAAAAAGCCAAAAUAAUGAUAAUUUCGUGCUACCGGAUUGCAGCUACGCUCCCCAAGAAUAUGUAACGCAAAUUGGACAAUAUCUACUAACACUGCCCCAACAUUUGGAGCCUCUGCUCUUAUCGCCUCCAAUCACAUUGCAGUCGUUGUUGAAAUUUUGCGAUAAUGCAUACAUUUCAGAGAAACCUUGCUCUGAUGUUCUGUUGAGUUUGGUUGCAGAAGAAAUAACGGCUUUAUAUCAAGAAAAAAUAGACAACAUUCUUAGCCUUUCUACUUCCGGUGCUAAACAAUUAGCUGCUGAUAUAGAAUAUUAUGAAAAUGUUCUCGAAGAAAUGAGUCUUCCAGCAAGUGAACAUUUUCAACAAACUGUAAUGUUGUUGAAAGUACCUGCAGAGCAGUUCAAUUCUGCUAGUACUGGCUGUUCAGCGAGGCUGGUUACCACAAUUCGUCAGAAACGGAAUAUUUUGUCUUGUUAAAGUGUUAGUUCGCCGUUUCUUAUCAAUUCCAGCACGACUACAAGAUAAUCUAACAGAAAUAUUUUAACUUUCGAUCCUAGAUCAUACGACAUUUUUACGUGAUUUCUAUCCACGACUCAGAAGGCAGAGUGGCGUCUAAACAUAUAUCUGGUUCAAUCAGGGCUUGCUCUCGGGCUUGGAUUUGUGAUCAUUCCCCCGUGUGCUUUGAGCUACCUUAAGAACCAAUUAUUAGAAAAUAUGUUUUAAGUUUUCUCGACCCUCUGAAGCUUAGCACACAUUAGGUGAUGGGUUGUGCAUUUUUGAUUGCGUAGAAAUGUCCAAUGAAGCAUAUAGGUUGAAUCACGUCGCAGCUGACAAAAUCGCACUACUCAUUGCCUUGUUAGUAUCACAUUUUGUCACAGUACCUACUUCGUUACAGAACAUCAAUAAAGUUCAACAAUUAA